AUGUUUGAGCAUGGAGACUCCACCGCCAGAAAAAAGUUUAAGGUCUCUAUGGGGGAAGAAGUCUACAAAAGUUGCCUGGACCACAUCAGUACAGCAUCGAGCCGUUCCCCUCUGAGUGAGUACUUAACAGAAAAACAAAACUUAAAGAAAAGGAGUCUAAAGAGAAAGGCAGAGGACUUUCUAGAGUCACCGAAUAUGAAAAGAGUAAAGACAGAGAACACCAAUGAUGAAACAGAGGAUUCCCUUAAAGCCAAAUUUACGGAAACCUAUGUUGAGCAAACACAAAUUGGAGAGGGAGGCUGUGGAUCUGUUUUCGCUGGUUAUCGUGUGCAUGAUAAAUUACCUGUAGCCAUCAAACACAUUAAAAAAGACGAUGACAUGCUAAUACAUGUGGAUGAGAAUGGAAAGCAGAUGCCCUCUGAGGUAGCUAUCAUGUUAAAACUGAGGGAUAAAACAACCAGUUCAGUGGGGCAGUCAGCUAUCGUGUCCAUGCUAGACUGGUAUGAUCUGGAUGAGGAACUGAUUUUAGUUAUGGAGAGACCCAUGCCUGCUGAGGACCUCUUUUACUACAUUCAAAAACACAAUGGUCGCAUAACGAUGAAGAAUGCCAAGAUCAUGAUAAAACAGCUGCUAAAAGCAUUAAUUCACCUUCAGGAGGCAAACAUAUUCCACAGAGACAUUAAACUUGAGAACAUCCUGAUAGAGACCAAGUCAAAAGUCCCAAAACUUUAUCUUAUAGACUUUGGUCUAAGUUGCUUUGAUGACCAAAAACAAUAUGAUUAUUUCUACGGUACUCCGAUCCAUAUCCCACCAGAAUUCAAAAAACAAGGGUUCCUCAGUUCUGGACCAACAAAUGUGUGGCAGGUGGGCGUAGUCCUGUAUUCCAUUCUGCACAAAAAACAGUUCUUUACUAAAAGAUUCCUGUCAAAUAAGCUAAAGAUCAACAAAAGGCUAUCCAAGAAAUGCACAGAUUUUCUAACAAAGUGCCUGACAGUAGACCCAAAAGAACGCCCCACCCUAGAAGAGCUGUUACACCACCGGUGGUUGUUGAAAGAAGAUACACAAAUAUAACCAGAAAACAGCGGCACACUUCAUAAGAAAAGUUUUACAAUGCAGGAAUUUCACAAUAAUUAGAGGUUGAUUUGUCCAGCUGUCCUAAAUUUCCCUCUUAGUGCAGGAACUUAAUUCAGUUUGAUAUUCCUGCCUUUUAUCCAGGUGCACUGGUUCCCCCUUAUUGCAGAAACAUCCUUUAGUGUAAUUGCAGUUUUUUGGGUUUUCUCUGGGUGCUCCAGUUUCCCCGUACAAAAAAAAAAAAAAAUCUUCCCUUUUGAU